UUGUUUGUUUACAUCAGCUGAAUGGUUGAAGGAACAAGUCCAGUCGCCCCAAGUGUACCUCCAACUGCGUGUUGCAACUCGUCAAGAUCACCUGUUUAUUCUCAACCACGUCUUAAGAUGCCCACCUGGUGUUGGUGCUUGGGCUCCAUCAUGCAUUCAGAUUGGAGGACCAUGGGAACAAGAUGGCAUUGAUGGGGGAGUUUGUGGUGGAAUGUUAGGGUGCUGGCCACUAGACCAUGCCCUCACUGUGCUCUCUACUAUACUCAACCCAGUUAAAGCCAGGGAAGAUUUUCUUCAUCAUCUUAAAGAAACUGCAUUGCCUAGUCAAGUUGAUGAAGAUAAGAACCUUAGUGAAGAUAAAAAUGAUAAUGUCUGGGUGGUGGUUGACAGUUCUGGGGAGGACGAGGAAGACCCUGCUCAGCUGUGGGCCCGCUUCAAUGAAAAUGAUGUUGUUCAGAUCUUAAACCAAGUGCCCUUCAAAGAAAUCUUCCAGCACAUAUUAUUGAUCAAGGAAGAGGAUGGAUCACUCAACUAUGAUGUGUCUUGCACAAGUCACCAGGGCUUUAUGAAGCUGUUUGCAUUUGCUACUCAUCUUUUACAGCUUUUUCGUACAGGACUGGCAACAUAUUCUCAGGUUAGUCUAAUAAUUAGUUGGCAGAUUAUUGCAACCCUUGGAUGGUAAUACUAAUAUUUAUAU